ACAAGUGCAAAAUGCACUUUGUGCUGUAGAUUUCCGACCUCGGUUUGGAUUCGCGACCUGCGCAGCACCAGCCACACCCUUCACCCUCAGCUUGUCGUCAUCAUGGCUCGCCGCCGCCCGCAAUGGAUUGAGGAUGACGAUGAUGAUGGAGUUGAGCUGACGCGGAGCGAGAGCGCCAGCGCCCACUCACAAGCGGCGAGAGCGCGUCCCCAGGCCAGGCCACACGACCGACCCCGCGCCCAGUCGCACCAUCACCACCAUCGUCACCAUGGUCGGCCCCACCACAAAGACCCGCACAAGCACCGCCAUCGCCAUCAGCAGCAACACCAUGGGAAAUCAGGCAAGCACAGCUCACCCAGCCACCCAGAGAAGCACAAGGAGCACAAGGCCAAGAAGAAGCCGGCUGGGCAGCCUGCCGCCAGCAGCAGCACGAGCAGCAGCAGCCCUCGUCAUACAGACGCGCAGAAGAAGAAGAAGCAGCACCAGCACAAGCACCAGCAGCAAGCGCAGCCGGGCAAGAAGCACGGCGGGCACCACCGCAAGAGCAAAGUGGCCCCCGCCAGCGCCAGCGCCGCGUCUCGCCCUGCAGAUGAUGGCGGCGCUACUGCGGCAACAACGAAUGAGACGUCGUUUGCCCGCCUCCCUUCCAACGGCUCCCUCGGAGCCAUGCUGCUGUCUGUUGACAACGGCAUCAGCGAUGGCAGAGGCGGUGGUGCCCUCGAUCCGGGCAUGCAGGCAGGCUCGCACUACUACCCCAGCAGUGACCUCCCUUCUGUUGUGUCGCCAUCACAGGAAUCGUCGCUUGCCCGCGCAGGCCUCAUAUCACACGACUAUGGCGGUGCUGCCGUCGGCGACAACGAUGACGACGACGAUCACUUUCGCCCGGAGGAGCUUAACCCGACGUUCACCCUGCGGCGACAGCGACGCCUAAGCCGCCGCCGCGCAAGCAUGGCUGGGAACGAGCUUGACCUUGAGGCGGUGGGUGCUGGUCCGCGCCCUGGUCGUGGCGCCCGGUAUGGCCGCGACGCCGUUGACCCGCCCGCACUGCAGCCGAUUGGCGAGAUUGUGCGGCAGGGCCUGCACGAUAUCGGGGACACGCUGCGCCGCGGACGCAGCCGGCGAUCGAGACACCUGAACCCGGUCCCUGCUGCGGAAUCGCGUCGUGCACGCGAGGAGAGGCAGCAGGAGGAAGAAGACAACGCAGACGACGAGAAGAAGAAGAAGAAGAAGAAGAAAGACAAGAAGGAAAAGGGCAAGAAGAAGGACAAGAAGGACGACAAGAGGAAAAAGAAGAGCAGAUUUUCGUUCUCCGGUCUCACGGGCACGCUCAGGCGCAAGAUGAAGAUUGCAAAGGGGCGGGAGAAGCUGCAGAAAUUGGCCGUGCACCGCCCGUUCUUCACCUGGUGGGUCUCCGUCACACAGGUUGCUGUGAUUGCGCUUGUGCUGUUUCUGUACGACCGCGCACCCAUCAACUUUGAGACGCAGACGGACUCGACAGAGCCGCUGCUGCAGCCAGACCAGUCCUACCUCGUCCUCACCUACGAAGUGACAGCCAACUUCUGGUUUGGGCCGCGCCACGAGGACUUGGUGAUUCUCGGAGCAAAGUAUCUACCGUGCAUGGGCAAGGACAAAUAUGUCACAGACACGUUCAUCAAACCGCAACUGGAAUUGGAACAACAGAUGGGGUGCUGCAUCAACUCUGGGGUGUGCUGGAGCACGGUUGAGAGCGACUGCCAGUACACGUUUGACGAUUCGCAGAUGUGUGGCGGACCGUCCUGUUGCGUAAACCCGGACGCGUUCCCCGGCUGCGAACUCAGGGAUGACAUCACAUCGAGCGAGCGGACGUGUACAUGUGCCAUCCAGGCCCGCCCCUGCUGCUACGGGCUGGCAGGGCAGUGCACGCUCACCACCAAGGAGACGUGCGAGUCCAAGGCGCUGCGCGGUGUGUUCCAUCCAAACAAGGUGUCGUGCCAGCAGGCCAACUGCCUGGAGGACAAGUGCGGGCUCUCUCCGUUCGCCCGGAAUGCGCCGGACCAGUGGUACCGGUUCUUCCUCGCCAUUUUCCUGCACGCUGGCGGCAUUCACCUCUUUGUUGUUCUCCUCCUGCAGUUUUCGCUGCUCCCCGAUGUCGAGCGCAUCGCCGGCUGGUGGCGUGUCGCGUUCAUCUACAUGAUCAGCGGGGCGGGCGGGUUUGUCAUCAGCGGCCUCUUCUCCCGCUAUCAGGUCACCGUCGGCGCUUCCGGCGCAAACUUUGGCAUCCUCGCAGCACUGGUGGUUGAGCUGGUGCAGUCGUGGAAGUUUAUUGAGCGGCCGGGCUCGGAGCUGGCCAAACUCAUCGUCAUCAUCGUCCUUGCAUUCGCCAUUGGUAUCCUGCCUUACGUCGACAACUACUCCCACAUUGGCGGGUUCCUGUUUGGGAUGCUUGCAGCGCUUGCGUUUCUGCCGCAUAUCACCUUUGGCACGCGGGACAAGGCGAAGAAGCACCUGCUCUCCAUUCUUGCGCUCGGGGGCAUUGUUGCUGCCUUUGUUGUGCUUUUCACCAUCUUUUACGCCGCCACCAUCCCGGGCUGCAGCUUCUGCGGGUACCUCAACUGCGUUGAUCUGCUGCAGGACUUUUGUGCAAACCAUGGCCAGGCCUCGGACGAGCCCCUCUCCAUCGACUUCCCUUGACCAUCGAUCGACUGACUCGCCCUCACCAAUUCACGCACAGUGCAAAGCUUCGGACCCCUCAACCGCGUGUACCGCACGAGGCAAACCGCCUUACACUCACACAUCGCUGCACACACGCACGCACACAUGCCUUGCUCGCCUGCCAUGGGCGGUCAUCAUAGCUGCUGUUGUUACCCUUGAUUAUAUCUGUGACAAACUCGA